AUGGAGGUGCCGGGGAAGCCCCGCCUGAGGCGAAGCCUCAGCGACGACCCCAGGGGCUCCACCAGCAAGGCAUGGGAUGGCUUCUGGAAGAGUGCACGGGAAAAACGCCUCGCAGCACUGACUCUUGUGAGCACUGUAAGUGAACAAUUUUAUGUUCUCAUUGCAGGAAUUGAAGCCAGAGAAGCCUGCGACUGGCUGAGAGCUGCUGGUUUUCCCCAGUAUGCUCAGCUAUUUGAAGAUAUGCAGUUUCCUAUUGAUGUAAAAACUGUGAGGAAAGAUCAUGAAUUUUUAGAUGGAGAUGCAAUUGAAUCACUAUUCAGACGGCUGAACACAUUGAACAAGUGUGCAUCAAUGAAAGUGGAAAUAAGCCGUCAGAGGAAACGGAGUGAUGACUCGGAAGAUGAUGAACCUUGUGCAAUAAGUAACAAAUGGGCUUAUGAGAGGUGCAGUCAGAGAUGGUCUCGUAUCGAGAGCCUAGAAGGUUUCCCAGGAGAGGAAGGUGCUAGUGCAUCAGUCCCAAGCAGUCCAAUACUGAAAAGCAUCAGCAACGAGGCUUCUGUCUUUUUGGAUCAUGGCGAGAAACAUGAUGUGUCCUCAAUUCACAGUACUAGCAGUGGUGACAGUGACAUUGUUAGCUUCCCAAAACCUUUUGAAGAUGUGGAAACCAGCACGAGUUCCUCAAGAUGUUCCUCAAUUAAGGUGGCUUCACUGGACUCUACCUUUAGUUGUUCUCCUCCCCCCAGUGAAUUUUUAAAUAUCACCAGUGAGGAGAAGCUUUUGGAUAAAUCGCCAUGUAAAAAGAGGAAGAGCCUUCUAAAGAAAAUGGAGAAGUUGCAUUUAAGGAGCUGCAACUUAAGGAGUGGUCAGUCAAAGGCCAAACCCAUAAUAAGUGAACCUGUUCUUCUGGAGGGACUUAACGAAGAAAAGAUGAAGAUGCUGAACUGUGUAAAUAUUUCUGACCUCUCUGGCAUCCAAACAAAGAACAAUUCUUCCUUUUCUCGACAGAGUUGCAAUAGCAGCAAUCGGUCUGAAAAUAGCAGCACAGUGAGCACUCCAAGUCCUGCUAUAAAACCACGAAGCCACUGUGAAGGAAGGGGGGUGUAUGCAGAGGACUUGGAUUCUAGCAAGGUCUUGCUGUGGAAUGAUCUAUCUCAGCAAAAUCUAAAAAAUGACAUGAAGUUACAAAUGAACCAGAUGUUUCAAAUACCACAAGGCCAUAAACCAGGCACUUUCCCCAAAGCACUUACAAACAGUUCCCUGUCUCUUGUAGACGACAACUCUUCCGUCAACUGGAGAACUGGGAGUUUUCAUGGGUGCAGAAGCAGCCAGAGCAGAAGCGGUUCCAAGGACUCCAAAGCCCCCAGGAGCCCCCUUUCAUGCACAGAUAACAGGCUAAGUGUAUAUGACAACAUGCCCAAUGUUGAACUUGAUAAGUUGGAGGCAAUAGAAGUUGGUGAUGAGGAUGUUUUUACAGAACUGAACAAUGUUAUAGAAGAUGUCAAUGGUCUCAAAAAGUUGGUUGAUCAGUGGACAGAGAAGUUCUCAGAUGAUGUGGAUUCUGACUUUGCCAGUGACUUGACCUCUUUGUAUCCAUCCUCACCUAAAGAAAUCUGUCUUGAAACAGAGGGCUCAACAGCAGACCUCCCAACCACUGAGGGAGAGAGCAGCUGUGAACUGGGCAAGGAGAUCAGUUCUGCAGACCUGGCAUACGUGACAGACUCUAAAAAGACCAACAGGCAUGGGAAGCAACACUGGUCUGUGGAAGAGAGCGUGAACUUGGAAAGCCUUCCCACCCAGACUGAUAGCCAGUCAGCUGCCCAGCUAGCCCGGACACAAAAGCUGGCUUUGUUGAAACUCACUGCUUUAAUGGACAGAUACUCCCCGUCCAGUAAGCAGGGUUGGAACUGGACCAUACCAAAGUUCAUUAAAAAAAUAAAAGCCUCUGACUACAAGGACAAAAAUGUGUUUGGGGUCCCUUUGCUCCUGAAUGUUCAGCGAACAAGCCACCCAUUGCCUAACGGCAUACUGCAAGCACUGGACUAUCUAAGAAGCCACUUUCUUGACCAGGUUGGCCUGUUCCGAAAAUCCGGUGUUAAAUCCAGGAUUCUGUCUUUAAGAGAAAUGAACGAAACCAACCCCAACAACGUAUGUUACGAAGGGCAGUCAGCAUUUGAUGUGGCCGAUAUGGUGAAGCAGUAUUUCCGAGACCUUCCCGAGCCUAUAUUUACUAGCAGGCUCUGUGAAUCCUUCCUCCACAUCUAUCAAUACGUGCCGAAGGAUCAGCAGUUUCAGGCUGUCCAGGCUGCUAUUCUUCUUCUCCCAAAGGAAAACCGAGAAGCUUUGAAAAUCCUCCUGUUCUUUCUACGAGAUGUGGUUGCUUUUGUUGAGGAAAACCAGAUGACCCCAACCAACAUUGCUGUCUGUCUUGCACCUUCUUUGUUUCACCUUAACACCCUGAGAAGGGAUAGUUCCUCCUCCUCCACUAGAUCUAGUCAGAGGAAGUGCAGCUUGGGGAAGCCAGACCAGAGGGAGCUGAGUGAGAACCUGGCAGCAACGCAGGGCUUGGCCCACAUGAUAAUGGAGUGCAACAGACUCUUCCAGGUACGUCACUUGCUGUAGCAAAGCAAAAGCCCUGAGCAGCCUGAUGCAGGUGGCCUGCUUUGA